AUGGCAUCAUUUUAUGUCCGAUUCCUUGGAGAAGAAACUAAAUCAUUGAUCUGUAAAGUAUCUCAACAUGGAGUAGAGAAAUCUGGUCCCAUCGAUCCCCUUAAUUGCUGCUUGGAAGAUUUGCUAGGGUUAGAGGCUAAAUCUUUCAUGGUUGCACUAUUACAGUACAUAAUCAAUGACAUGAACAGAUAUUGGCCAAAUCUUAGAAAUUAUCCGAAUGGAAAUUUGGGAUUUUGGCAAUAUGAAUGGGCACAACAUGGAAUGUGUUCUGCUCAUCCCGCACAACCUGUGACGUAUUUCAACGAUGCCCUACAAGAAAGAAAGAGAUAUGAUAUCCAACAAAUAUUCCGAAAUUAUGGUAUUGUUCCUAGCAAUAUUCGAAAUUACAAUCGCACCGAUAUGUCGAAUGCCCUUAACGGUGGAGUGGGAGUGAGGCCUGAAAUUCACUGCAAUACAGACUCUGGAAAUGUAGUUCAAUUGAUGGAGGUUCGCAUAUGUUUUGACGUACAAUUGAAUCGUAUAAAUUGCCCAAGACCGUUUACCGCAUGCCCCGUUGCGAACUUGGUUAGGUAUCCUUCUUAG